UGUUGGAUGUCAGUGUACACUGAUUGUAGAGUGACAACAUGUAUCAGAAAUAGCAACAGAACAUCUAUAAAAGUCAUGGACAGACCGGAGCCCAAACACAGACUGCACAAAGGGAGAGACAGAGCCAGCUGAAGCAUCGCUGUUCCCCUGAACAAACAGCCACAACACCAGACUUAAAGACUGAUCAACGAGAGCCAUUGGAGGUCAUACAUCCAAGACAGAUAUUCCCACAGCAGCAGAGAUGGUGCCAAUCUGUACAGUCCUGGAAAAGCGUAAUGGCGUGGUGGUGGGAGCUGAGCUGACCUGCAGCGUGCGGGAGGAGAACAAGGCUCACAGGGAGAGCUACACCGCUGACUGGAAAAGUGUCAGUCUCAAGACUCAACCUCAGGAAAGACAGACGAUGAACAUGAAUGAUGACUCUCGAAGGGAGACUCUGUCCCGGCAGUGGCAGGCCCGUUCCCUGACACAGAUCUGCCCCUCUGGUGUCUUCAGAGUGGGCACUGUGGAAAGAGGCGUAAGGGAGCACCAGCUGCUGCCAAAGAGAAGAACCCUCCCCUUGCCCAUCUUCACCCCCGCAGAGCUGGGUGUCAGGCUCGGACGUGGAGCCCCACACACCGAGGAGGACCUGCAGCCCUUCCCGACCCCAGAUGGAGCCUGUCCCACCAAGAGGACCGUGGACGAGAUCACACGAGACCUCCCCCCGGUCAAGCCCACCCUCAUGGAGUUCGUCAAAGCACCCAGAGACCUGGGUCGCUCAAUGUCUCAAGAGGCCCAGAGAGGGUGAAAAAGAAAAAAGAGAAAGAAGGGAUGUUAGGGAGAGAUGAGACGGGUGACGAUUGGGAAAGAACAGUCAUUGAGCUACAUGUGUCAGGAAAGAGCAUGACAAGAUAUAUAUAGAAUAAUCUCUAGUGACGUUCAUCACAAACCGUAAAUACUGUAGAUCUUUUAGCACUAUCUGUGUUUCUUGGCGAGCACAGCAACAGUGGUGACAUUUGUGGUGGUCAGUGGUAUUAAAUAUGUGAAGGCAUUGUGAUGGAGAGGCAGGGUGUGUUCUCAGCUGUGCCAGGGGCUGAUCUCUGCCGUGCUGGCCAGCUGGCCUCACCAUAUCUGCUUAUCUCUCUCACUGCGACCCAACUAUUCCUUUCUUUUGCCUUUACAUAAUUUUAAAAGUGGAAAUAUCCUUGUUAAGGUAAAUUAAAGUGAUCUUGAGGUUCAUGGAUUGUACCUGUAGUAGGUGACGAAGGGACGCGAUGAUGCAGAAAGUGACAGACGGAAAAUGACAUGCGAUAGGAAAGAGGG